CUCAAUGAAGCCUACAUCUGUCGACAGAUUGACGAGGACCAAAAGCGCAUCGAAAACCUAAAGAUGCGACAACUCCUGCUUUGGACAGCUGUGUGCUGCCUCGUGUUGCUGCCCCUGUGUGUGGGGGGUAAGAGAGUUGUCUUCAUGCCCUCGCCCUUCACCAGCAACACCAACUACCACACGAACGUAGCGCGGACCCUCGCUCGGCAAGGUCACGAGGUGUGGUUGACCAUGCCCGACUACAUCGUCAACAGGCGGGUGUUGGACACGACUAACUUGACUGUCAUCGAGUACAAGACAUUGAAAAACUUUGAGGAGAUUAUGACGGCCGCUUUCCCCGGCAACUAUUUUAAAGGAUUGUCUGAGGAUUUUAGUGUGCUUAUGUCUAUUGCCUUACAAUUUUGUGAUACUCUUCUUACGAACGUUUCUUUCUUCCAUAAGGUUAAAGAACUGCGUCCAGAUCUUUUCGUUUUCGACAAUUCUCGGUUCAUACACAUGAUGACGAUAAUAUCAUAUAGACUUGGGGUGCCUUUUGCCUUUCUUGGAACAUUUUACGACCCGAGCUACCAGCGAAUUCCAUUUCAACCUUGCAACAUACCAGUGAUAAUUUUUAGCUACAACCAUCAUAUGAGUUUUCUUCAGCGAGUUUUAACCAUUGCAAUUCAUGUUUUUUCUUCUGUGGUGCACGGGUUUUCCUACAAAGACGCAGUCAGUCGCUAUGCACCAGAAAUGCCUUUCCUUACUAUAGACAUGCUUGUAGCAAGAGCUGAGAUCUGGUUGGUUGAGACGGACCACAUCCUAGACUACCCGAGACCAUCGAUGCCCAAUGUCAAACUAAUUGGAGGAACAGUUACAGGUCCUGGUAAACCAUUGCCACCGCAGUUUAAAUCUUUUAUGGAUGAUGCAAAAGAAGGAGUUGUUAUCGUAUCGUUUGGUAGUUAUGUCCUUAGUCCACCAGAACCAAUUACACAAAAAAUCAUCAGUGUGUUGCAGGAUUUACCUUUUAAAUCCGUUUUCCGCUCCAACAUUUUGUCACCAAACUCAAAGAAGAUCCUGACGUCGUCAUGGAUACCUCAGAAUGACCUGCUGGCUCACCCCAACACUCGCGUGUUUGUCAGCCAUUGCGGUAAGAACGGUCAGUACGAGGCUCUGUUCCACGCCGUGCCAGUUGUUUGUACGCCGCUCUUUGCUGACCAGUUCUACAACGCUGAGCGCAUGCGCGUAAAGGGCAUGGCAGAGACUGUCGACCUCAACACCGUCAGUACACACGAGCUGCACUCCACCAUUCUCAAAGUGGCCACCAACACGAGCUACAAGCAGGCCAUCACCAAAGCCUCGGAACUGUUUAAAAUCGAAUUCGGUGUUCCUGUGGAGAAAGCGGCUUACUGGCUUGAUCACGUGAUGAAAUAUGGCGGCCGUCACCUUCGCUCGUCAGGACAUGAAGUUCCUUUCUUACAAUUUUCUUGCUUGGAUGUUUAUGCUUUUUUGUUAGCGUGUGUGCUGUUGAUACUGAUGAUAUCAGUAUGUUUGGUCUACGUUGCAUUCAACUGCUGUCGCUCGAAAUCAAAGGCAAAAUCAGAAUAAAAGUUAGUGAACACGAUUUAAAAAAAAUCAAAAUUACUCAAACGACUUUGAUGGUUUUCUACACUUACACAACUGAAUAAACACGGGCAAAAGAGUUUGCUCCAAUUUUUCAGUUAGGCUUAACUGAUCAGAUGAAAAAUUAUUUGUUCUCCAAUCUAUCUAUCUAUCUAUUCCUCUUUGUGCAUCAAGUUGUACAUAAGGCCUCAACCAGAGUCCGCCACUGAUGUCGCUCGGCUGAAACCCGCUCUAGGUGACC